UGGACUGGAUGAGUGUCGACUUCCUCUGGACUUCCAGAGAAACCCGAUCUGGACUGAUAUCACGAAGUCCACCUCAGUGGACGUGCUGCUGACAAACCUUAUCAGGGGCGACCUGCUUCCCUCCGCUCGCAUCUGGAUAACCACACGCCCUGCGGCAGCCAAUCAAAUCCCUGCUGAGUGUGUUGACAUGGUGACAGAGGUGAGAGGGUUCACCGACCCACAGAAGGAGGAGUACUUUAGGAGGAGAUUCAGAGAGGAGCCGCUGGCCAGCAAAAUCAUCUCCCACGUCAAAAAAUCACGAAGCCUCCACAUCAUGUGUCACAUCCCAGUCUUCUGUUGGAUCACUGCUACAGUUCUGGAGGACCUCUUCAAAACAUCCCAGAUAGGAGAAGAGAUGCCCAAAACCGUGACUCAGAUGUACAGCCACUUCCUGAGGGUUCAGUCCAUACAGGGGGACAGAAAGUAUCAUGGGAGAGCUGGAACAGAUCCAGACUGGAGUUCAGAGAGCAGGGAGAUCAUUGUUUCUCUGGGAAAACUGGCUUUUAACCAGCUGGAGAAAGGCAACAUGAUCUUCUAUGAGGCAGACCUGGCAGAGUGUGACAUCAAUAUCAGAGCAGCCUCAGUGUACUCAGGAGUGUUCACCCAGAUCUUUAAAGAGGAAUGUGGGCUGUACCAGGACAAGGUGUUCUGCUUUGUCCAUUUGAGCUUCCAGGAAUUUUUGGCUGCCCUUUAUGUCUUUCUGUCCUUCAUCGACACUGGGGUCAAUCUGCUCUCAGAAGAACCAACAACCUCUGGUAAAGAUAAACUCCUCCUCCUCUACAAGAGUGCUGUGGACAAGGCCUUACAGAGUGAGAAUGGACACCUGGACUUGUUCCUCCGCUUCCUCCUGGGCCUCUCUAUGGAGUCCAAUCAGAUUCUCCUACGAGGUCUGCUUGGAAAAAAAGAUAUUAGAUCAGUGAUCAAUUGGCUGAUUCAGAGAGGAAGGGGCUCACAGACCAAUCAGAAAACAGUCUCUUACAUCAAGGAGAAGAUAGGUGAAGAUCUCUCUCCAGAGAAAAGCAUCAAUCUGUUCCACUGUCUGAAUGAGCUGAACGACCGUUCUCUAGUGGAGCAGAUCCAACAGUCCCUGACAUCAGGAAGUCUGUUCAAAAAACAUGUCUCUCCUGCUCAGUGGUCAGCUCUGGUCUUCAUCUUACUGUCAUCAGAAGAGGAGCUGGACGUGUUUGACCUGAAGAAAUACUGUGCUUCAGAGGAGGGUCUUCUGAGGCUGCUACCAGUGAUCAAAGCCUCCAAAACAUCUCUGCUGAAUGACUGUCAGCUGUCAAAGAAAUGCUGUGAAGCUCUGGCCUCAGUUCUCAGCUCCAACUCCUCUAGUCUGAGAGAGCUGGACCUGAGUUCCAAUGAUCUGCAGGAUUCAGGAGUGAAGCUGCUCUCUGCUGGACUGGGGAUUCCACAGUGUACACUGGAAACUCUCAGGCUGAAUGGCUGUCAUCUGUCAGAGACAUGCUGUGAAGCUCUGGCCUCAGUUCUCAGCUCCAACUCCUCUAGUCUGAGAGAGCUGGACCUGAGUACUAAUGAUCUGCAGGAUUCAGGAGUGAAGCUGCUCUCUGCUGGACUGGGGAGUCCACAUUGUACACUGGAAACUCUCAGGCUGAAUAGCUGUCAUCUGUCAGAGAGAUGCUGUGAAGCUCUGGCCUCAGUUCUCAGCUCCAACUCCUCUAGUCUGGGAGAGCUGGACCUGAGUACCAAUGAUCUGCAGGAUUCAGGAGUGAAGCUGCUCUCUGCUGGACUGGGGAGUCCACAGUGCACACUGCAAACUCUCAGGCUGAAUGGCUGUCAUCUGUCAGAGAGCUGCUGUGAAGCUCUGGCCUCAGUUCUCAGCUCCAACUUCUUUAGUCUGAGAGAGCUGGGCCUGAGUUCUAAUGAUCUGCAGGAUUCAGGACUGAAGCUGCUCUCUGCUGGACUGGGGAGUCCACACUGUGCACUGGAAACUCUCAGCUUGUCUGGCUGCCUGGUCACACAGGAAGGCUGUGCUUCUCUGGCCUCAGCUCUGAGCUCCAACCCCUUCCAUCUGAGAGAGCUGGACCUGAGCUACAAUCAUCCAGGAGAAUCAGGAGCUGCGCUGCUCUCUGCUGUAGUGGAG